AAGGAUUUCUAUUUCCCUCAAACAACUCAACUAAAAGCUCUUUAUAGAGUUUGAAACAAUAUUUAUAUUCCACAAUUGUUGUGACAACCUCAACACAACAACAAAGAAGUAAAGAAGGACAUCAAUGGCUACUUUGCGAAUACCACAACAAGUUCCUUCUCCCACUCAAGACUCUGAGACCCUCAACAAAGCUUUCAAAGGAUGGGGAACGGAUGAGAAGAGUGUGAUUCAAGUAUUGGGUCAUAGGAAUGCAACCCAGAUAAGGGAUAUUAGAGACACUUACCAACAACUAUACAAUCAAUCUCUUAUUGAUUCUCUUCAUUCUGAGCUUUCUGGUGAUUUUCGGAAUGCAGUCAUACAGUGGACAUACGAUCCUGCAGAAAGGGACGCAAGGCUAGCAUAUAAGGCAUUGAAAUCGAACAAUAAAGGUGUCAAUGAACUACAAGUAAUAGUUGAAAUCUUGUGUGCAUAUUCUCCUCAUCAUCUGUUGGCUGUAAGAAAGUCUUAUUGUUCCCUCUUUCAAUGCUCACUUGAAGAAGACAUAAUUGCCAAUGCCCCAUCAUCUGUUAAAAAGAUUCUAGUUGGCUUGGCAAGUUCCUUCAGGUUUGAUGGGGCUGUUGUUGAUCUGAAUGUAGCAGACGAUGAAGCCUCUAAGUUACAAGAAGCCAUUGCAUCAAAACAAUUGGAUGAAGAUGCUGUUGUAUGGAUACUUAGUACCAGAAAUGUGUUCCAACUCAAAGCAACUUUUGAUUCCUACCAUAAAAAAUAUGGAACUUUCAUUUACGAGGAUAUCAACGAAUGUGGGGAUGAAGUGUUGGAAUCUCUUUUGAAAAUUCUGAUUAGAUGCAUUGUUUCCCCUGAGAAACAUUUUGCUGAGGUGAUCAGAGCUUCGGUUAAAGGUUGGGGAACCGAUGAAGAUUCACUAACAAGAGCAAUUGUAAGCCGUGCUGAAAUAGAUCUGAUGAAAGUGAGAGGAAUCUAUUUUGAGACGUACCAAACAAGCCUUGACAACGCAGUUAAAGAUGAUACUUCAGGAGAUUAUCGGGCCUUUUUGGUGGCACUUUUGGGAGAAUAAUCUCUAUUCUGUUGUAACUAAAAGUGACUAUUUGAUUUAGUUUGGAUUAUUGUUCGAAUAUUUGUUGAAUGGUGUGUGCUGUUUUUGUAUUGUGUAUUAGUAAUGAUAGAUCUUCCUAAUAUACUAGUCUAA